UUCUUGUUCUGAGAAAGGAAGGCUAUUCCAUGCGAGAAAUUGCCAAGAAACUGAAGAUCUCGUACAACGCUGUGUACUACUCCCUUCACAGAAGGCAGUGGACUUUUUAUGUCUAUGAUGGAAUAUACUCUACGAAAAGACAAGGAACUUGGCAAGGUUGUUUAGCACCAUAAACCCACAACGCCGCAUACACGUCACACAACAUUCCAAAUUAGAUCAUAGGGCUCAUGAGUGGAGUGUCCACAGCUGAUUCCACUUUCACAAAUGUGUUCAGUCAGCGCAGAAGAAGCAUGCUGCUCACUAGGAAAGUUCUACUAAUCCAACUGGCAUUUUGAGGGGAAAGAUUUUGGGGAGAAUGGAAUGAUCGAUUACUCAAGAAGUUCCACAGAGCAUCACAGAGGCUGCAACUUCUGAAAAGGAUUCGCUCCGCCUCCAAGACCACUGUGGACCCAAAUGAGGUGAAGAGGUUCCAGCUUCUCGCCGACAAGUGGUGGAACGAGCAGGGAGACUUCGCAGUCCUCCACUCAAUGAACGACCUCAGGGUGCCUUUCAUACGGGAUAAUCUGUUGAACGUACAUGGCGGGCGGCAGCCGGGGAAACCCCUGGCAGGGCUCAGAAUACUGGACGUAGGCUGUGGCGGGGGGCUGCUCACAGAGCCCUUGGGUAGACUGGGGGCAGAUGUGCUAGGCAUUGACCCGGUGGCAGACAGUAUUGGGACAGCGGAGGUACAUGCGUGGCAUGAUCCAGACCUGCGUGGCAAUGUGCGUUACCGUGCCAACACUCUGGAGGAGCUCUCUGAAAAGGGGGGGAAGGGAGCGGGGCAGUUUGAUGCGGUGGUGGCCUCUGAGGUGGUGGAACAUCUGGCUGACCUGGAAACCUUCGCACUCUGCUGCAACCAGGUGCUCAAGCCAGGAGGCUCCCUCUUCAUCACCACCAUCAACAAGACCAAGCUGUCGUACGCCCUGGCCAUCGUGGCAGCAGAGGCGCUACGCAUCGUGCCCAGCGGAAGCCAUGACUGGGAUAAGUUUGUCAGCCCCGUGGAGCUGGAGCGCCUGCUAGAGUCCAAUGGUUUCCAUGUGGAGUCUAUCCGAGGGAUGCUGUAUAACCCUUUGUCACGGGCCUGGAGCUGGACAGAGAGCACCAGCAUCAACUACGCCCUGCACGCGGUCAAACUCGAGGAGGAACCGGACCCCGACGAGGACGACCCCGACGACCCCACCGUGAUAGUUGCCCAAGCUAAGGCCAGACGCUGGUACAACUGACUUGACCAUGGAAGAGAGAGUGGCCGUAAGUGGUCAGCUGCAGCACAGAUCCUCUGAUCUCUGAAAGGAAAGGCAAUGGACCUAAAAAAAACAAACAAAGCUAUUGAAAGUUAUAGUUCAGUGCUUGAUACAAGUACAUUGUUUUCUUUCAGCCAGGCCAUGAUUGUUCUGAGUUCAAGCAUAAUGAGUCCCUCUGAAUUGUGGGAACUGUUUAAGCUUUCGAGGCUUGUCAUUGCCAUGUCAUAUGUUAUGGUAGAAGUGUUCAUCACCAUGGUUGACAUCUCAGGUCUCUGAUUUACUAUUGAGUGAGAUGUUCUUCAAGUAGUCACAAUGUGUCUGUUCAUCAAAAUCCAUCGUGUGGAUAUUGUUUGCCUUUACAUGCUUAUUAAUAUCCUCCAUUAGGAAAUGAAAUAGUUUCCUUUUAAGAUUCUCUGAUCUGAUGAUUAUUCCUCUCUAGUGUCAUUUCAACAUUGUGAAAAUAUAGUCCAUAUCAGUGAUGUGGUGUUCGUUGUAAGUCCUGUGCUGAAAUUCAGGAUCUCAGAGGGCUUUUUAUAUUAGAAAGUUCUUUAGAUUUUCUGUCCACAUAUUUCCUGCUAAUCCCUGAAAUAUGGGAGAGGGAGAUCAGGCUGCUUCUCUCUCUACUCUGUAGCCAUGGUGACUUUGAGAUUAUAAUUGGCUUCUUGCUGAACUAUUACAUAAGACCCAAACAAGCCUCAAACUAUUCUUCAAAACAGACACAAUCAUUGGCCGGAUGUUUCAAGAAGUACAGUCACAGUUGUGUGUUUCUGUCAUAUUUUUUCAUUUGUAUUUUUCCAUUUGCCCUUAUAUGUAGACAACCCCAGGACUAUGUGCUGGAAUGCAAAAAAAAAUAUGUUUUUCCUCAUGACACAUGUUAUUCUAGUCACAUGCCCCACUGGCUUCUAACAAAUUGCAUUUAAAAGCUGUCCAUUGUAUGCCCAAACUAUUGAUUAUGGGUCGAUGUAGGCUAUAGAACAGUCCAGGGAUGGUUUUCAGUCACAUACUUAAGCAGCAUAAGAUUGCUCUGCCAUAAAUUAAGCAGACCAGGGUUGAACAGGAUGAACAUGUAUACAAUUUGUCCAGUACACUCUAGUCUACCUCCAGUGACAUGAGCGCUCGCCCACGAAGCCGCUGGAGUGCGCACUCUUCUUGCAGAAUGGCUGUGCAGUAAGGAUUUUGGAUGUAUAAGCCUUAUUGUGUGUGUGUAUAUAUAUAUAUAUUGAAAGAAAAAGUGAAUCUGCAGGAAGCUAUAAUAAACUGAUCAUUGAAUACGA